CUGUGGGGGUGCUGAACCGAACACUUGCAGCGGCCGCCAAAGAUUGACACAGAUUUCAGCCGCGAAUUUUUUCCUUCUCAUGAGAAAUCUUAGGCUGCAUGCAGCAUGUGCGCUAAAUCAAACGUGAAACUUUAAAUGUGCAACGACUUUGUAACCGUCAGCCACCUUUUCCUUUGACUUUUCCUCUAAAAAAAAUAAAAUUCCUGGAGUAAAAAUUUACUUCAGAAUCAUUCAUGCGCAACAAAGACACAGCAAGAAUGUUGAGGGAAUAACGAGGAAUCAUCAAGUAGUUGAGACAAUUGAUUUUCAAAUUCAAUUAUCAGGUAAUUAGCGAGAUUCUUCGAUUUGUCCUCAUCCUCCCACACCACACAAAGUAUCCCUGUGAGAGUGGCAAAAUGUUCGCCACAUUUUCACCCCCACAUCCGUGGAAACUCCGUGAAACGGCAUGUGACUAUGAGCAGAAAGGGGUGGUGUAGUGAGUUUUUUCCAGCAAUUUUCACUUUCCGCUCACUUCCACAUAGUGAUGAACGCAGCAGGAAGUACCCCUGUCGAUCCCAUAUAUAAAAGCUCCUCGAGAGAGUAUUCAUUUUAGUUCUACUCUGUGCUUGUUGCUGUUACCAAUACGUUCUAAGAAGGUGCUGGAGAAUUGGCAUUCCAAGAGAAUUUCCCUUCAAGAGCUUCAAUUUCACUUUCAUAAUUCAAUUCAAUUUAAUAAGUCAUUCAAGUGAUCUUUUAAAUUAAAACUUGGGAAUUUGAACGUGAUUUCUUGGAGAUAGAUAAAUUUGUUAGUCACAAAAGGUGUGUAAAGUGCAGCGGAAGACAACGAAGAGGCAAAAACUUUGGGAAAUUCACAGAAAAUCUCUGUCCUCUCAACUUUCUUUGUGUGUUAACAACUCAAAUCUGAUGAGUAUGUCGUGUGCAACGAUUUUCUGCGUGUUAGCAAUCUCCUUUGCAACCAUCUACAUAGUUCAUGGGGGUGUUAUAAGUCAAAGGGAUCCGCGAACUUUUCACACACAGAACACCGCAGAGAAUAAAGUGGAAGUGAAAAAGAGACCCUUCUGCAAUGCCUUCACAGGUUGUGGUAGAAAACGCUCAAGUCCUUCAGGACCCCUCCUAUCGCCCAUUGGCUCGAGGUUGAGUGAUGACGAACAAACUGAGGGGAACUACUUCGAUGACAACCUAGCCACACUCCUGGAUCUCAAUUCGGAGCCAGCCGUUGAGGAUCUCAUGAGGCAAAUAAUGUCAGAAGCUAAACUCUGGGAAGCCAUUCAGGAGGCCAGUCGAGAGAUUCAUCUUCACAAAAAUGGACGCUCAAUGUCCAACAAUCAAUUCCCCGUGGCCUUCAGUGCUCAAUAAGGAAUGAAAAAGAAAAUAAAGCUCAAUCGACAGCAUUCUUAUAAAGUUCAGUGCUAAACUUUAUUUCCACUGCAAGUUGCCACACACACACACGUACACAUUACAUUGAUUUAUGUUAAAUUGAUUAACACAAUUACAUUAUAAUGUAAAUUCCAGUGGGUGGAAAAUACCUUUUAUCCAUUUUACAUUUUUUAAAUUUAAAUCUCAUUGUGGAUGUUUCAUUAAUUAACUUUAAAAAAAAUUAUGUGACAAAAAAAACCGUCAUAUUGUGUAACGAAAAAAAAUGAAAUUUUCAUUAAAAAAAAUCAACCUACUAUCUCUUCCAGCUUAUAGCAAAAGAAGAAAUAAUUUUUAAUAAUGUAGCGUAUUAUUAAUUUUAAAUUAAUUAAUUGUUUGUACCUUAAAUUUAAAAAAAACAACAACAAAAUGGAAAAUUCAACACGAUUAUAUGUUGAGAUAAAAUGAAAAUGAAAAAUAUUAAUAUAAUUGAGUGUUGCAAAAAUUGCAGUAGAGUUCAGCGCGGAAGGAAUAACCGUGAAGACUUAUUUUAAAUGUAGCGUUCAAUAAAUAUAAACUAAAAACCCAUUAAAGAAAGACAAAAUUAGCAAGCA